AAAACUGACGAUGAGUUCGACAACUACACUGAUUUAGCNGUAACCUUCUUCAAGGAAGGAGAUUCACAGCACCCUGCUUUGACUGACGUAAUAGUAUUUACAUCAACUCCAGACAAAGUGAACAACAAAUACUACCUGGGACCUGCCCCACUGGAAGACAUGGCUAGGCAAAUAGCAACUGCGUAUGGUCCUUGCGGAAACAACAGGGACUAUCUUUUCCUUCUAGAAAAGGCUAUGCAUGAUAUUGGCCAUGAGGACAACUUAGUGAUAGAGCUUGCGAAUGAAGUGAGGAAAGUACUUGGAGUGGGAAACAUGCUAACAAAUGUUGCAACAGCUCAACUUCCACACCCUCCUCAUGUAUCCAUACCUACACGUCAACUGCAGCCACUGCCAGAACCUAUUGUUUUGGAUGGGUGAGUUUUGAGGGGGCUGGAGAUGACCGGAGAAAACUGACGAUGAGUUCGACAACUACACUGAUUUAGCGGACCCUGCUAACCCUCAUUCAAUUUUCAAGUAACAUCAUAUAGUUAAUCCCCUCUUUUACGGCCAUUUUAAAUUCAGGAGGGCAAUAUUUUGAAUUGGAAUGUUCGGAGACUUUUGACAUUUACACUGUUAUAAUUUUGAGAAUGGUUAAUCUUUAUAUUUAUUUCGUUCA